AUGCGGCGCCAACAACCUUACCAACCAGAGUCCCCCCUGUCCUUGAGCCAGUCUGCAGCCCGCAUGAUGACAUACCUGGCUAUGCCGCUGGUGUUUGCCCAAACGCCUGCCAAGGAUCACCUGCCGUCUGUGUCUUCUACUGGUCCUAGCGACCAUUCGAGUCCAUGGGCCAUCAAAAUGAAGAAGAAGCUCACGAAGAAAGUCCGAAAGAGGGCUAAGCGCAACUCGAAAAAGCGAGCCAUGGUGCGCAAAUACAAGAACCGUCGUGGUGAAAGCAAAGUGUGCUUAGCUUAUGAGUUAGCGCCAACAAUGUGCUGGCGUUCAAACACAAGGUGUACAGUCUGCUGGCUGGUGCAAAGCCUGCUGAGGCGCCCUACCGGUUUCGGCAUGCAGCCCUGACGGAACUGAGGGACUUUUUAGUAGCUGAGAAGAAAGCGGGCCGAUUUCACCCACUUUUUUUGGGGGGCCUCGAAUGAAAGGCCUUUCCAUGAUGCGUUGCAAUAUCAACGCAUGUCGGUAGUGGAAAAUUCAUAUGAUGCAAUGGUGCGUAGGAACCAUGCUAUUGGGGAU